AUGGCGACACCGCUAGGACUCGAAACGAAUGCCCAACGUGGUAUCUUCGUCACCUACAUGAGUCUCUGGGUGGCAUAUGGGAUGCUCAAUGAGCUGGCGAAGCGCCAGAGCGUGCGCUUUAAUUCCGCCUGUGCUGUUGUGCUCCAGUCUCUGCUCAAGUUGGCGCUGGCUACUUGCAUGUACCUGACAUCAGAUACGCAAGUGACGCAGCCACUAGCCACUCGCUUUUGUUCGAUGAUGACCCAAGUUCAUGAGAAUCGUAAACUCCUGCUGCUCUACUUCAUCCCGUCGGGGCUCUACGUCAUCUACGAUGUCUUGUCCUACGUGAACUUGCGUGCGUUCGACGCUGCGACGUACUUUCUGCUGCUUCAGUUUCGACUUGUGGUCACGGGUGUCUUGCACCAGAUGAUGUUCAAGAAGCGACUGAAUCGGAACCAGUGGAUUUCCCUGGGCGUGACGACCGUAGGUUGUGCCAUCAAGACAUUGGGCUCGCACGACCCCCUCAAUGGGUCUUCCACCCUGAGUGAUAAUGGCAACAGUCCAACAACACUCAUGGCCUAUGGACUCUUGAUGGUACAGCUACUCAGUAGCACGUUUGCUGGUGUUUACAAUGAAGUUCUUCUGAAGAAACAAGCGUCGAUUCCGGUGAAUCUGCAGAACGUCUUUAUGUACAUUGACUCGAUCGUCUGUACGCUGGCAAUGCUGGCUCUAGGGCUUACAGGGCAAACAGCUUCAGAAGCUCUGACGACGGCCAACUUCAGUGUGCUGUUCUCGCCGUACGUACUACCGAUGGUACUCAUCAUGUCAGGCAUUGGCGUAGUCACGAGUCUCUUUCUCAAACAUUUAGAUUCCAUCCGCAAGGCUAUUGCCAGUUCUCUGGAAUUGGUGGUUCUACCGCUGCUCAGUGCCGUGUUUUUCGGUCAAGAGAUCACUCUAUACACUGCAGCUGCAGUGUGUUUCGUCAGCUUUGGAGUCUACAUGUACUCGCUACCAGUUGAAGCAACAGCUCUGGUAGGAUUGCCCCAGUACACCAAAGUGGCAUCGGGUGACCAAGAUGAAGAACAGACCGACGAGGACGACACAGUUGUUUCUAGCAAGAGUGAGCCCACGUCUCCGGAUGAUAAGCUUGCCUAG